UAACCGUAACAGAGAGUGGCUCUACCCGUGUUAAGUAAAAGCGGAGUGAAAUAGCGUGCGGGUGAACGCAAGACGAUUUCUGACAUUGCUCGAAGGAAGAUCGGAUACGUUGCUGGUAUACAUAUUCUCCACGCAACGAACGUAAAGUUUAGUGUAAGAAGGAAAAGGGAGCACGGUGAAAUGUACUCGACAGCACCGGCAUUAGCGUGCAUUUCUUAAAGCGGGUCGCAGACGCAGAUGCUGUCCCGUCUCUGCUCUGAGAAACUCGUCGUUGUUCCUGUUGUACGAAAAGGAGCACGACGUGAUUGCGACUGUUCGCCGAUACACUCGUACCAAUUUUAUUUUCGAAAAUUGGUCAAUGAAACGUCUGUGUAAACCGAGUUCGCAAGUGUUCCCCCCGUUUAUUUGCCGGCACAGUGCCGUAAGUAUUUCUCCAGUGAACCUGCUUUCCAAUCGUGUAAAACCCGUAAUUGUGUAAGAACAGUAGAAAUCGAAGAAAGGUGCAGAGACAGAACAUCACUACACGUGAUGUAAAAUCAAAGCCUCGUUAAACAGAGGUUCAGAGUGUAAAUGGAAGUGAACCAUAAGUGAGACGACAGAAGGGGUGAAAGUGCUUUUACAAAAUCGAAGUCAGUUUUUUCUGUGGUGUGAAAAGGAAAAAAAAAUCAUUCAAAGGCUGUGCUAUAAUAUAUUUCUCCUCCAAUUUGGAAAAAGUGCCCAGUGUGAGAUUAAGGGAAAAAAAAGGAAAAAAGUGUUACAAUAAUGUAACAAGCAUCUGUGCACGCUCUCGUGCAAAUGUAGGACCACGGUACUGUCUCAAGGCAAGAUACCAACAGUGGACUUUUCUUCGACGGCCAGCUAUGUUAACGGUGGAAUUCCGCUCGAGAGGAAUCUGAAGGCGGGGACUCUGACGUCACUCCGCUCAUGAUAAUGAGGUAUUCAUGAUGGCGGAGUAGCGCGCGAGGAAGAGAGAGAGCGCUCAUCGUGUAUGUGGCACGAGGAGUGUGUGCUCGCGCGCACAAAUAUGUGCCUGUCGACUGGUCGGUGAUAGAGAGUUUUGGAUGGAUUUAGAGCGCAGUGAAAUAUGCCAAGGAGACGGAAUGGGGAGAUACCGCUUCCGGAAGGGUGGGACGUCGCGCGAGACUUUGAUGGAAAAGUGUAUUUCAUCGAUCACAACACAAGAAAAACAACGUGGAUCGAUCCUAGAGACAGGUUCACAAAACCUCAAACAUUCGCAGAUUGCAUCGGAAACGAGCUUCCACUUGGUUGGGAGGAAGCUUAUGAUAAACACGUUGGUGCAUACUACAUUAACCAUGUCAAUCAAACGACACAGCUCGAAGACCCAAGGCAGGAAUGGCGAGCCAUUCAGGAGGCCAUGCUUCGAGAAUAUCUUCAGACCGCACAGGACGUGCUCGAGGCGAAGAAGGAAAUCUACGAUGUGAAGCAACAGAGGCUAUGUCUGGCCCAGGAUGAGUACAAUCACCUUAACAACGCUCUAACGACGCUCGGCGCAUCGCGUACAAGUUUGUGCUCCAGUUCGAGUUCCUUGAGUACCAAGUACGAUCCGGAUCUGUUGAAAUCCGACGUUGCACUCGCGAGGAGUCGAGUUUCUCGAUUGAAACGAGAACUCGAGCAGAUCCGAGCAGAAAUGAAUUGUACGCAACGAGGAGUGAACACCCUUUCAAGUGUCGAACAAAAGUUGAGUGGACAUCAUGGAGGUUGCUACAACAUCACCGAGGCCCAGGCGAUCAUGACAGAGCUUCGCAACAUUCAGAAAUCGUUGAGUUCAGGGGAGAAGGAGAAGGCUGAAUUGAUGCAAUCUCUGGCGCAGCUGAAGGACGAGCUGACGAGAUUGCAGCUAUGCGAGGGUAGCCCCGAAGCUAGCACCCUGAGCUUACCGCAAGAGAAACUGAGCACAGCAUCCCAGACCGACUUGUCCGGCGAAUUGGUGCCGAUCGGUACCCGUUUGGCCGAGAUGGCGCGUAUCAGGUUGCAGUACGACGAGGCCAGGAAGAGGAUACAGCAUAUUCAACAGCAAUUGGCGGACCUCGAGGAGAAAGUGACACCGGGUCAGACCGAAAGCGACAAAGACAAGCUGCUGCUAUUCCAGGAGAAGGAACAGUUGCUCAGAGAGCUGAGGAGCAUCACUCCUCGCACCAGGACGCAGCAGGACAUGAAGAAGAUCCAGAGCGAGAUCCGUCGUCUCGAGCAGGACUUGAAUAACGCCCUCGAGCUUUCGAACAAGACCAUUACCGAUCGUGUACGGCUUCACGAAGAGAAGCAGCUACUGCUUCAACAGUUAAGCGACGCUUUACGUUCCAUGGCGGUGCUCGAAGGUCAAUUGAAGACUUUGAGCGCGAGCACCCUUUCGGUGAGCAGCAGUUCCAGCCUGGGAAGCCUUAGCACGACCAGCAGCAAGGGUUCUCUUAGUUCUGGGCUGAGUUUCACCGAUAUCUAUGGCGGUCCUCAGUGUUUGGGUCCUGUUAGCUCGCAACAAGACCGACCCGUCGACAUGGUCGACCUCCACAGACGCGUCGAACGAUUGCUCAGAGGCUCCGAACAGAAUAAUCUUGUCAGUACUCCGUCGCCUGGUCGAUCUCAGCCCAGUUUGUCACCGAGAUCCAGUUUGUCCAGCGUCAGUCCCCCUGUUUCGCCGCUCUACGAAAAUGCCCCGAUGGGGCCACCUCCCGCGUACGAACACGUGGAAAUGCAAAGGCGGCAGCAUCAAAGACCUACCACCUCGUCGAAUGCUCAUUUGGAUGGGAAUCAGUUGGAGGACCGAUUGGCGGAGCUCAGGCUCAGCCAACAGCAAACCUCGUCGCACGAACAAUCCUGCCUUGGCUCUCAGGACCGAUUGAAGUUGGUCGGUGGUCCCCAUCCACCCGUCGAACUGCAGUCCGGAAAUAUGUCGCAAGGCAGCGGUCUAGGCAGGCCUGUGUGUAUGAUACAACACCAGUUGCCUUCCCAGGAGCCUCCGCCUCUCUCGCCGAUCAGCGAGACGCCUCCACCGACCGGAAUUCGAUCGAGAGCCAGCAGUUCCGGUACCAAUACCAGGUCCGUUUCAGCUGCGGUUUCCGACGAAAGUGUUGCCGGUGAUUCGGGUGUGUUCGAAGCCUCUAAUCGCAGGAAAGUACUUGGAGUGAUCGGAGACGUGGAUUCGUUGGCGCUCGGGGAGAUGAGCCUGGAGACGGCGCAGGUGCAAAUUAAGCUUAGAUACUCUGUAAGUGAUGGUCUACUUCACGUUGGAAUUGAACGUGCGAGGAAUCUAGCUGCCCUUUUUAUUCCUAACAACGCGCAAGUGUACAUUAAGGCUGCGUUGCUUCCGAUGCAGCCUCCCGUUAAUCACAUGUGUUGUACGAAACCUGUUGUGGAUUUGCGCAAACCAACUUUCGGUGAAACCUUCCCGAUCGCGGUACCACUGAACAAGCUAUACACGAAGACACUGCAGGUUAACGUUUGGUGCACGGGCAAUGAGUCUGAGGAGUGCUUGGGAUCCGCCCAAGUAUCGCUUGCAGACUUCAGUCCAGAAUUGCCAAGCGUAAAAUGGUACAACAUACUCUCCUUUCGCUUCAUGCAGCCAUCCGAUAGCCCUAGCACUAGCACAAGUAACAGCAACAGCAACAGCAUCUCCACCAGCGUAGCGAGACAGGCUAAGCAUGACAAACAAGAGUCGGAUAUAUCGGUGUAUCGUGGUGGACAGAACGCCAAGGAGGAGAGCAGCGACGAGAGCACGAUCAUCAGCUCUCAGACGUCCACUUUGACCAGGAAUCAAGACUGCGACGAAUUGCAAACGGCCAUCUCGUUGAGGCUCGAGGAGUUAGCUAAUUGCUUGGGCAGCCCGGAAGAAGAGGAUGAGAAUGGCGGCAGUGAAAGUGGAAGCGAGGACAGUGACGAAGAGGGCAUCAUCGUGGAAUUUGUGAUGGAGGACAAUGUUUUGGAGGAUGUCUUGGAACACGAGGAGGAUGAAGAGCUAAACGAGGAAGCAAGGCAAACUCAAGACAAGGAAACGAACACCGAAUGUAUUUUUAUACCAGAACAGGGAAAACAGAGGAAACUUUCCGCUGCCGGAGUUGUUUCUAAUACCCUGCACGACGAUAAAAAUUCAAUCGUAAUCAAAAGAAGUCAAACAUUUUCGCCCAGUGCUGCGGUUAGCAAAAAUCACUAUAUUUGUCGGUUGAAUCGAAGCGACAGCGACAGUAGCAUGCCGCUUUAUCGCAGAGGUGGUCCUUUCCAACGAAAUUCAGUGGAAAGACGAUCCCUUCGAUGGCGAAGACCCUCGUCUGCUCUGAGCUGCAAAACCGCUUCGAAGAAAUCCACCAAUUUGCCACCUACCGCUAGAACCUCGCUAGAUCUCGAACUGGAUCUUCAAGCGCAACACGCCAGAUUAAAUAAUCUCCAGGACGAGCUAAGCAGAUUGCGCGAAUUAAAGCAAAGGUUAGAGCAAGCUAGAGAGAAAGGAGAUACCGACUUUGCUACCUGGUUGUUGGAGGACCACAAGUUCCAGAAUCUUAUGGCGCAAGCUGAAAGCGGGAAGAACGGUAAAAGUGCCGAGGAUAAGCGAGUGGAAAAGAUGCUGAAGAAAACUUCGAAAGAGAUUUACAAACUAAGAAAAACAAAGGCUGGCAAAGGAAAACCCGAUAUUAUUUCUUUCAAAGAAAAGAUGGCUUUCUUCACGCGCUUUAAUCUCAAUGUUCCUGUACUUCCGCCUGAAGAUUCGCCAUGCGAGAUCGCGUUAUCACCAUCCCCGUCGUCCGCUCAACACAAAAGACAUGCCUCGGAACCAGUUACCACUGAAUCCAUGGUUAGUAAACUUGGUGCUCAAUGUGCAUUGAAUUCGGCUACACGGUCAAACAGUGUUCCUAGCGGAAAUGCGUCUGCGGUGAGAACUGACGGUGCCGCGACCACUAACGCGAGUACGACUACAAACAUAGCCGAAGACGUUCCGACGAACAGUACAAAUAAAUCUGUGAACGCAAAAGGUCGACCUAACGAGGGGAACGCGCACUGUCAGGAGAACGGUCAAGGUGAGAACCUGAAGACAUCCGAAGAAACUGACGGUGAAGAGCCACGAAGAUACGAGUACGUGGUAGACAGAGUUCUCGGUGUCGAAGUGUAACGUUCGCACAUUAGGUGUCUUUUCUUUUGUUUUUUUUUUUAUUUGAUUUUUAACAGAUGGACCUUUCGGUCCAUCCGAAUUACUCGUUAAUUAACGUACUACGACUUACCAUAAAUAAUUUAAAUCAGCAAAGGAAUGGAAAGAAGAAGAAGGGAAAUGUUAUUUCCUCGCUUUUAUCGAAUUCAAGGUGCCAUGCACAAUAUGAAGAUGGAUUUUUAAAAAAAGGACUGUUUACCGAAAUACAUUUUAACGUUUCAUAUAACGGUGAAUAUGUAAUGUUAGUGUAACUAGUACAACGAAUUUAACGAAGUGUUGCCGAUAUUGUUAUUGUUAUUGGUUAUCGACGUGACGACGCGAUGCCGUGAAAAUUCUAGGAAGAUUUUGAGGCGAUAGCGAAAAAUGCGCGACCCAAGCGCUCUGUACAUACGAGAACGUAAAUUAUUUAAAUGAGAUUUAUGCGAGAAUUAUUUAAUUAAUCGAAUUCCAUCAGGUUCCUCUACACCAUACCGGUUCAUUCAGCGUAAACUCGCUUCCCUUGCGUUUUCGAGCUCUCACACACACACACAACCCCACCGAGCAGCUGGACUGCAAUUUGAAAAUCCAAUAGAGAAAAGAAGGUAAAGGGGAAAGAGGAAAAGAUUGUCGCCCUGGUUGGCUGAAUUUUGCCUCGAUUCCAUUAUUGCCAUUUUCCAACGUGUUCACAAUUAGCUUUGAAUAUUUGUACGCUUCUCGUUCUUCGUCUAUUGAUCCUUAGAAUUAAUAAUAAUAAGAAAAAAUGAAAUUGAAAGGAUACCAUGAAAAAUUGAAGUUUUAAUAUUUCGAAUAUCAUUUUAUACAAUAAUCGAGGAACCUGGUAGGAAUUGGAUAUUUUCUGGGUGACUAGUAAAAAUCUUGGAAACAGCAGGAGUGUAAAUAACUUUGUAUAUACGCAUCCGACAAUCAUGUUUAAGCGUUGCAAAAUUUCAAGGUGCAGAUGCGAUUUAAUAUACAUUUAACUAUGUAUGUUAAACGUAUGCGUGCACGUCUACGUAUUGGACGUUGGUAUGCUUGUGUCCACAUAAUGUAUGUAUGUAUCUAUAUAAAUAUAUAUAUAGACAGUGAAAUUACGCGGUAAAUUUGUGUAUCAGCCGCGAGGAUACAUUUUCAUGGUAAAAAAAAUGUACGUGUACAAGGUUUGUGCAACGUUUUCUUACUGAUAGCAUGAAAUGUUCGAAAACACGUGUAGUAGGGUUACAUCGACACAAAGUGUAUUGAACCUAUUACGCGUAUGUAUGUAUUUAAUUAACGCGUUAUUAUUAAUGUAUUAUAUACCAGUGUGACGUUGUGUCUAACUGCGUCGAAGCAAGUGUAACGAUGAUGGUGUUGAUUAGCGACGAUGAUAGGGAAAUAUUAAUAACAAUAGAAACAUUAAAAGGAAAAGAAAGAGCAACGAUAACGAUGCUAAUAAAGGGUAUCGAGACGGUAUGGAGACGACAAUGUUGACAACGAUGGCAAUGAUUAAAACGACGACAGUGAAUGUAAUAGAACACGAAAUAUGAAUCAUCGUACUGAUAUCGAUAAGAAUAGUAAUAACAGUAAUAAUAAGUUCGUAAUGAAAUAUACACAUACAUAAACACGUACAUCCUCCGAAAAAACAACCACAGUAUGACUUGUAAGUAAUGAUAAUGAUUAAAUGGUAGUGAUUCGUAUGAUAACGAUUAAAAGAAAAAAAUACAGUAUAUUCUUGCCAUA